GUGGGAACCAGCUGGACGUAGGCGCAGCAUUCUGUAAUUCAGCGGGACAAGUCACUGCCUCUCACACAGUCUCUGCGAUUCUCCUCUGGAUUCGGGACUUGUCCUCUGCGUUCCCAAAAUCUCGGCCAUCCGCCUGGCACUGCUUCUCUCUCCUUGCUGCCCCCUUGCGACGACGUGCCCUCUGCCACUCACCGCCGCUGUUGGCCAUGUUGCAACGGAAGCAGACCUGCAUAAUUGAAACGAACACCAAACGUACUGUAAUAUGACCAUGGCCCCAUGUCUCGUGUAUGUUAGGUAUCUAUCCUGCUAGCCAACUACUUAACGUCGGCAUUUGUGUACCACUACGAUACCAAGACUACUAGCAGAUAAAUCGCGAAAAAAGAUCCAACAAUAUGUCUAUGUCCCACCUGUACGGGCGGACAGACGAUCCGGAUAAUGAUGGGGUGGAGAUUGAAAAUUUUGAAGUGACAGAUUGGGAUUUGGCAAAUGAAUUCAACCCCGAACGUCGCCGACAUCGACAGACAAAGGAGGAAGCCACUUAUGGAAUAUGGGCUGAGCGCGACUCGGACGACGAGAGACCCAGCUUCGGGGGAAAGAGGUCCAAGGAUUACUCGGCACCGGUCAGUUUCGUGAGCGCAGGUCUGCGCAAGACCGCUGCGGAGGAGAAGCAGCCGCAGCGGGGCUCCGAUGACUCUGAAAGUGAGGGGGAGGGGCCCCCUCCACCCCCAGCCCGGGAGGCUGCACCCAAAAAACUGCAAACGGGCGGGAACUUCAAAUGUUCCCAGAAGACGUUUGCUGGGGGCAUCAGGGCCGGACAGGACCUGGGGAACUGGGAGAAGCACACUCGCGGGAUUGGCCAAAAGCUGCUGCAAAAGAUGGGCUAUGUGCCAGGAAAAGGCCUGGGAAAGAACGCUCAGGGUAUUGUGAAUCCGAUUGAAGCCAAGGUGCGGAAGGGUAAGGGUGCGGUUGGGGCGUACGGCAAUGAGAGGACACAGCAGUCGCUGCAGGAUUUCCCCGUGGUCGACUCCGAAGAGGAGGAGGAGAAGGAAUUUCAGCGAGAGUUGGGACAAUGGCGGCGAGAACCUGGCACAGGGAAGAAGAAGCCCAAAUACUCCUACAGGACGGUGGACGAGCUGAAGGAACGAGGCAAGCUGGCCGGCAGAAGCAUAACGACCCCAGCUGGAGAACUCGCGCAGGUCAAGGUGAUUGACAUGACCGGCCGGGAGCAGAAGGUGUACUACAGCUACAGCCAGCUGAGCAAGAAGCACAGUGUGCCGGAGGAGGCCCCGCUCAGCGUGUCUACGCGUGACCAGAAGCCCUCCGGCUUCGUCCUGCCCGAGCUGGAGCACAACCUGCAGCUGCUGAUUGACCUGACCGAGCAGGAUAUCCUGCAGAGUGCGCGGAGGCUGCAGCACGAGCGGGACCUGGUGGUGUCCCUGGCCCACGAGAGCAGCACUCUGCAGGAGAGGAUGGCUGAGGAGCAGGAGGCGCUCAGCCGCCUGGAGGGCGUGCUGGAGCUGGUGGAGCGCUUCGAGGCGGCCGAGUCCGGGGUCGUCGAGGACGACCAGGGGCCGCCGCCUCUCACCCUGCAGGAAUGCGCCAACAUCUUCGAGACGCUGCAGAACGACUAUUACCAGGAGUACAAGUCCCUCGGUCUGGGCGAUCUGGCUGUGGCGGUCGUGCACCCCCUCCUGCGCGAGCAGCUCCGGGGCUGGGACCCUCUGAAGGACAGUACAUACAAACUGGAGGAGGUGGGGCAGUGGCGUGCCAUUUUAGAAUCUAGCCAGCUUCACAACAGCAACCCUGACAGUUCCCACAUGGACCCAUACCACAGGCUGCUUUGGGAGGUCUGGAUCCCGGUAAUGAGGACCGCGGUCUCCCAGUGGCAGCCCAGGAACGUGGGCCCCAUGGUGGACUGUGUGGAGAGCUGGGCCCCCCUGCUGCCUCUCUGGAUCCUGGACAACCUGCAGGAGCAGCUCAUCUUCCCCAGGCUGCAGAGAGAGGUGGAGAACUGGAACCCCCUGACGGACACGGUGCCCAUCCACUCCUGGCUGCACCCCUGGCUGCCGCUGCUGCAGGCCCGGCUGGAGCCACUCUACCCCCCCAUCCGCAGCAAGCUGGCCCACGCCCUGCAGCGCUGGCACCCCAGCGACGGCUCCGCCCGCCUCAUCCUGCAGCCCUGGAAGGAGGUCUUCACCCCCGGGGCCUGGGAGGCCUUCAUGGUCAAGAACAUCGUGCCCAAGCUGGCUCUGUGUCUGGGAGAGCUGGUGGUUAACCCCCAUCAGCAGCACAUGGAUCCUUUCCACUGGGUCAUGGACUGGGAGGGAAUGCUGUCUCUGUCCAGCCUGGUCGGGCUGCUGGACAAGAACUUCUUCCCCAAAUGGCUGCAGGUUCUGUGCUCCUGGCUCAGUAACAGCCCAAACUAUGAGGAGAUCACCAAGUGGUACCUGGGCUGGAAGUCCAUGUUCUCCGACACAGUGCUGGCCCACCCUCUGGUCAAGGAGAAGUUCAACGAGGCGUUGGAUAUCAUGAAUCGUGCAGUGUCCUCUGGCAUCGGUGUGUACCUGCAGCCGGGCGCGAGGGAGAACAUCGCCUACCUGACACACACGGAGCGCCGCAAGGACUUCCAGUACGAGGCCCUGCAGGAGCGCCGGGAGGCGGAGAGCGUGGCCCAGCGCGCCAUCGGAGCUGCGGGCGUGCCCACCAACUUCAAGGACCUGAUCCAGGCCAAGGCCGAGGAGAACAACAUCGUCUUCAUGCCCCUGGUGGCCAAGCGGCACGAGGGCAAGCAGCUGUAUACCUUCGGCCGCAUCGUGAUCUACAUCGACCGCGGGGUGGUGUUCGUGCAGGGGGAGAAGACCUGGGUGCCCACGUCGCUACAGAGCCUGAUCGACAUGGCCAAGUGACAUCCACAGACCCCAAACUGCAGUGGACAAAAAUAACACUUGUAUUUUGUUACCCUAUUUUUUUGUUGCCAUAAAGGAUAGGACCGUAAAAAUGUCAAAUGCGACCUCCUGGGAAAUGUAGUUGAAGAGCUGUUCUUGGGUGCUGUGGUCAAAGUGUCCUGUUUGUUUUGCUGAGUGUAUCGGCUUAUUCGUGACUGAGAGCAUACUCCCUCCACCCAACAGAAAUACUCCACCAUCUUAGAGCUGUUCCAUGUUCAGUUUGGCCUGAUCGCAUCUACCAAACGGAUGACAAAUAGAUUCAAGAUUAUCAUUUGUGGAUAAUGAAUAUUUCAUUUCAACAAUUUUAUUUAUAGUGUUCAAACUUUCUCUGAGUAGUUUACAGAAACACUUUUUAUUAUCGGUGACAGCAUGCGGCAGCUGGGAUGGGGAACUCUCAGUUGAGUAAAUAACUAAAAGACUAGUAAACUUUUAGUCUAAAUUCUGCUGGCAGGUUGGCCUGAUUAAGCCCGGUGGAUUUCCUGAUUUCCAUCUAUAAUGCAGGAAGUUUCUGGAGAAGCAGUGGAAGAGAACAAAUUGCUGGUUAAAGUUAAUGUUUGGUUGUUUUUUUAAUUGGAAUACAUGUUUGAAUAAAAUGAUCUGCUUCUUUUGAUAUGCUUACAUUUGUGAUGUUUAAAAUCUUCAUUAUGAAAAAGUGGUACAACACAAGCGGUAUAUUUUGGAUAUACAGUGCAGUCCGUACUUGGACAGUGGGAAUAUUUCUGAACACACCACAUCAAACCUCUUAAGAGGACAGCAGGAAAAGACUUGAUUCUAAAAAAUAAGUCUAAUAAAUAGGCUCGGGU